UCCAGCUGCAGUCAGUCGGGGCUGCAGAGCGCGUUCAGUGGGGGCGGUAAUAAAAGAAAACCAGGACAAUAGCAGACAAAGGUUUUCCGUGCAGGACGGUUCUUCUCUGUCAGGACUCUGUGGAGGUCUGUUCCGGGGGGAGAAGCUGCAGCUCUGUCUCCGCCUCGUGCAUGUCCCAUCCGGAGGAGUAGAAACCCGGAGCGGAGGGUCACACCGACUAUCACCGAGACCCGACAGCCGCCUGGCAGCAGCCCGCCGCCGGCAUGACCCUCACACGGAGCUCCGUCCUCCUCAGCCUGCAGCUCCUCCUGCUCUCUGCCCGCAUCCAGGUUUCCUCAGCGUCCGGACACUUUGAGCUUCAGAUUUUGUCGAUGCAGAACGUUAACGGGCAGCUUCAGACCGGCGCCUGCUGCGACGGACCCCAGGAUGCCACGGAUCAGCGGUGCACGGUGGACGAGUGCGACACCUACUUUCGGGUGUGUCUGAAGGAGUACCAGCUGAAGGUUUCCUCCGCCGGGCCCUGCAGCUUUGGCAUCGCCGCCACGCCUGUACUCGGUGGGAAUAGCUUUUCUUUACGCAACUCCAAGAGCGACAAGGCCAGGAUCAUGUUGCCGUUCAGCUUCGCGUGGCCGAGGUCGUACACGUUGAUCGUGGAAGCUUUGGACUUCAACAACGACUCGUCCUCGAGCAGCGUCGGCGGGGCGGUGAUUGAGAAAGCCGUCCACUCGGGGAUGAUCAACCCCGGCCGUCAGUGGCAGAGCCUGAAGCACAACGGCCCCGUGGCUCAGUUCCACUUCCAGGUCCGCCUCAGCUGUGACGAGCACUACUACGGCUUCGGCUGCAACAAGUUCUGCCGGCCGCGAGACGACUUCUUCGGUCACUACGAGUGCGACCACAACGGCAACAAGACGUGUCUGGAGGGCUGGUCCGGUCCGGACUGCAACACUGCGAUCUGCAGACAGGGCUGCAGCACAGAACAUGGAUCCUGUAAAGUCCCAGGAGAGUGCAAGUGUCUGUACGGCUGGCAGGGAGAGUACUGUGAUCAGUGUAUCCCUCACCCCGGCUGUGUUCACGGCAGCUGUGUGGAGCCCUGGCAGUGUCUCUGUGAUACAAACUAUGGAGGACAACUGUGUGACAAAGAUCUGAACACGUGCGGGACGCGGCAGCCAUGUUUGAACGGAGGAACCUGCAGCAACACGGGACCAGACAAAUACCACUGCUCCUGUCCCGACGGCUUCUCCGGAGUCAACUGUCAGAGAGCGGACCACGCCUGCCUGUCCAGCCCCUGUGUGAACGCCGGCAGCUGUGUGGAGACCAGUCAGGGUUUUGAGUGUCGCUGUGCCCCCGGCUGGACCGGACCCUCCUGCUCCAUCAAUGUGGACGAGUGUCUGGUGAACCCCUGCAGUCAUGGAGGAACCUGUCAGGACCUGGUCAAUGGUUUCAGAUGCAUCUGUCCUCCUCAGUGGACGGGGAAGACCUGCCUGAUCGAUGCCAACGAGUGUAACGACAACCCCUGCGUCAACGCCAACUCCUGCAGGAAUCUGAUUGGAGGAUACUUCUGCGAGUGCCUCCCCGGGUGGACGGGCCAGAACUGUGACAGCAAUAUCAACGACUGUCGCGGUCAGUGUCAGAACGGAGCGACGUGCAAGGACCUGGUGAACAGUUAUAAAUGUGUGUGUGCUCCUGGUUUCACCGGCGAACACUGUGACCGAGACGUGGACGAGUGCUCCAGCGGGCCCUGCCUCAACGCCGGCCGCUGCCACGACGAGGUCGACGGCUUCCACUGCCUGUGUCCGCCCGGGUUCUCAGGGAGUCGCUGUCAGUUGGACAUUGAUUACUGCCUCCAUCGUCCGUGUCAAAAUGGCGGCCAGUGUUUCAACCUGGCGGCCGACUACGUCUGUCAAUGUCCUGAAGACUAUGACGGCAGGAACUGCUCGCGCCUGAAGGACCACUGCCGCACCACGCCGUGCAAAGUGAUUGACAGCUGCACGGUGGCGGUGGCGUCCAACAGCACGGCGAGCGGCGUGCGUUUGAUUUCGUCCAACGUGUGCGGCCCCCACGGGCGGUGUCGGAGCCACGCCGGCGGACAGUUCAGCUGCGAGUGUGAGGAGGGAUUCACCGGGACCUACUGCCACGAGAACAUUAACGACUGUGAGAGCGCCCCCUGUCUGAACGGAGGCACCUGCAUCGAUAAAGUCAGUCAGUAUCAGUGUAUCUGUGCUGAAGGCUGGGACGGCCCCACCUGCCAAAACAACAUCGAUGACUGCAGCUCCGCUCCCUGUCAGAACCGCGGCGUCUGUCGAGAUCUGGUCAACGACUUCUACUGCGAGUGUAACAACGGCUGGAAGGGAAAGACCUGUCACUCCAGAGAGAGUCAGUGUGACGAGGAGACCUGUAACAACGGGGGCACCUGCUACGACGAGGGAGACGCCUUCAAGUGUCUGUGUGCCGCCGGCUGGGACGGCGCCACCUGUAACAUCGCGAAGAACAGCAGCUGUCUGCCGAGUCCCUGUGAGAACGGAGGAACCUGUGUGGUGGACGGAGACUCCUUCAGCUGCGUCUGUAAGGAGGGAUGGGAGGGCGCCACCUGCAGCCACAAUGCCAACGACUGCAGCCCUCAUCCCUGUUAUAACAGUGGGACCUGUGUCGAUGGAGACAACUGGUAUCGAUGUGAAUGUGCUCCGGGGUUCGCCGGCCCAGACUGCAGGAUCAACAUCAACGAGUGCCAGUCGUCGCCCUGCUCCUUCGGCUCCACCUGCGUGGAUGAAAUUAACGGUUACCGCUGCAUCUGUCCGCCGGGAAGAACCGGGCCCCGCUGCCAAGAAGUGACGGGGCGGCCCUGCGUGGUCGGGGAGCUGGUGGCUCUGGAUGGAAGCAGGUGGGACGAGGACUGCAACAGCUGCCGCUGCCACAAUGGGAGAGUCACCUGCACCAAGCUCUGGUGUGGACCUAAACCCUGCAGCCUCCACAGUAAGACUCACAGCUCAGAGUGUCCGGCCGGUCAGACCUGCGUCGCCGUCCAGGACGAGCGCUGCUUCAUCAAACCCUGCUCCAACCAGGGGGAGUGCUGGAGCCCCGCCCACCGGGCCCCGCCCACUGCCAGGUGUCACCCAGAGAGCAGCUGCGCCAACGUCACCUUCACCUUCAACAAGGACAUCAUGACCAAGGGUGUGACGGUGGAGCAGGUUUGUCGUGAUCUCAGGACCCUCUACGUUGUCCAGAACCUGUCCUCGGAUUCCUCCGUCUCCAUGACCUGCGAGCCGUCGCUGGACGCCAACAACGAGAUCCACGUGGCCAUCUCGACGGAGGACCGGAGGGGGGGCACGACGUUCGUCAAGGAGAUCACAGACAGGAUCAUGGAUCUGGUCAGUAAGAGGAGCGCCAACAGCUCCAUCAUCAGCGCCAUCGCCGAGGUUCGAAUCCAGCGACGACCGAGCCACAACCCCAACGACUACCUGGUGCCCCUGCUGGUUUCCGUGGUGAUCGUCGUCUGGGCGUUGGUGGUGGCCUCCAUGUUGCUGUGGUGCGUGAAGAGGCGGAGGAAGCAGAGCGCCCACACGGGGGUCAGCACCCAGGCUUCGUCGUCGUUGGCGCCGGCAACAGAGGACAACAACGCCCUCCACAACAGCGUGAGCGCCGCCCGCGAGCAGCUCAACCACAUCAAGAACCCCAUCGAGAAGAACCCGCCCAACCACCACCAGCAACAACAGCAACAGCACCACCACCUCCUCCUCCACCACCACCUGUACGAGGACAAGAACUCUGUCAACGCCAAGAUCAGGAAGUCAGACAGCAGCAGCCAAUCAGACGAGGAGGAGGUGGAUAAGAGGCUGCAGAAGGCGAGGUUCGCCAGGGCGCCACCGGCGUACUCGCUGGUCGACUGGGAGGAACGACCCCCCAACACCACAGGCAAAACCCCACACUGGACUAGUAAACAGGACAACAGGCAGCUGCAGUCACAGGGCGUCAACAGGAUGGAGUACAUCGUAUAGCCCCCGGCUCAGACUGACAGGACGCAGAGCUGAGACUUUUUUUGGACGUUCAUCUUUUUUGUCGUCUUUCAUACAGAGCUGAGUUUCAGUGGAUGGAUCUUUGGAUUUUUGCUGUUUAAUUUAUGUUGUGACUGACACUGGUCUGAACGCUCCACUGUGGUUGGCUGGAUCUCCGAUUUUGUGGACGAUGGAGUUUGGACGUGCAGAAGUCCGACGACCUUCAGCACCAUCAGUUUCCUUCAUUCAUUAGUUGUUGAAUGUGCUGCUGACGUGUUGCACCACAACACCUGACCAGUUUGGAAAAAAAAUAUUUAUUUCAUUUUUUUUGGGGGGGGGUUCAAUAUGAAGAAUCGUCCGUGUAGAAUGUCUGUGUAUAGAUUUGUAAAUAAUUUUUAAUUAAUCAUUGUGUAUAUUUGAUUUAUUAACUUAAUCGUCGAGAGCCGUAAGAUAUUCUGUUUUUAUUUAUGAGUCUGGAGUCAAAGGUUCGACAGCUUUGUAAGCUCAUGACUUCUUGAUGGAAAUUGUUUUUUGAUAAAUUUUUCGUCAACGCCAAAAGUGUUCUUGAGAGAAUAGUUUAUUUUUAGCCGUUUGGAUUUGGGCAUUUUUGUGCCUCAAUGAAAUGUUUUAUACGUCGUCUGUUUGAAAUGUGGCAGGGUUUUCUGUUGUAAGUACUUCACAUGGAGAUGUUAGAGACAGAUUUUGCUGCUGCAGGGUCUUUUUAUACAAACCAACAUGGUGGCAGACGUUUUGCUUUUGCUACUGAAAAGAAAUUUUUCAAGGGACAAAAGUUUUUUUGUAAUAAUUUGUAUUUUUUUGUACAGAGUAAAAAAAAAAAAAACAGGCUUUACAUCCUGUUUCCAUGAGUUUGUAAUAAUCCGAGUGAUCAAACCUGCAUUCAUUAAGAAAGUACUUGAAGAGAGAGUUCAAUGAGAAUACUGUAGAGCUGUCAUGUGACUCGUGGCCUGUUGUUGAUUGGAGGAUAAAAUAAGGCUGUGAAGCUGUGUUUGAUUUCAGUCGUCGGCCCCUUUAGUUCCUGAUGGAGGACGUUGAGAAAUAAAAGUCUUUGUGUUUGUUACUGGCAACAA